UAAUAUAUAUUAUUUGUAAUGUACAAAACGUGUUUGACGUGGAUACGUUCACCACGUGGUUUAGGCACUCAAGGGAAUUCCUCGUCAAGCUUAUUACAUCGCUACAAAGGUCGGAAGGUACGAGCUAGAUUACGAACACAUGUUUGAUUUUACAGCCGAGCGAGCUCGUCGCAGUGUAAAAAAGAGUCUGGAGCUUCUGCAGCUCGACUACGUCGACGUCAUACAAGUUCACGACAUCGAGUUCGCGCCUUCGCUGGACAUAAUCAUAACUCAAACCCUGCCCGAGUUGUCGCGCCAAGUGGCCGAGGGCCGUGCCAGACACAUUGGCAUCACUGGCUACCCUGUUUCUGUACUCAAGGAGUGCAUCGAACGGAGCAACAUCAACAUCAGCUGUGUGCUGAGCUACGCUAGGUUCACCCUCAUCGAUGACACCCUCGCCGAGUACAUUCCGUUUUUCAAAGAGCACAACAUUGGAAUCAUCAAUGCCGCAGCACCGUGCAUGGGACUUUUGUCAAGUAAAAAACCUCCACAAUGGCAUCCGGCUCCAGAGUGUAUGAAAAAAGUAUGCAAUGACGCGGCACAAUGUUGCAAGGCACAUGACGUGGAAUUAGCUAAGCUAGCGGUUUGGCAUUCGUUUCAAUGUCCAGAUGUUUCUACCCACUUGGUUGGAAUGCAAAAUUUGCGAGACUUGGAUAUAAACAUGAAUGUUGUUUACAAUGGCAUUAGCGAUAAAGAGAUGGAAGUUCUUGAAGAAAUAAAAAAAGAGUUCAUCUCGAAAGUGACAAAGAAGCAUUGGGAAGGAAUUGAAAUUGAAAAAUACAGGAGUGCCAUGAAAAACAAACGUAUGUAACGUAUGAAACUCUAGCUUUACCCAAGAGAUACUCCUUAUAAUUUACUAUGUGAUAUUUCAAGUUUUUAACAACUUUUAUAAAAACUUAUUUCUUAUCAUUACACUAUUAUAUGGUUA